UGAUAUUGCAUGUAAAUGCCUCAUUUCCGUGUUACGAUCUGCCCGCACGCCUUGCUUUCCCUUCCUGCGCCAUCGGUGACUGCGAGGGAAUGAGCAGGAAUCGAAAGGCCCUUGCCGUGCUGUUGAAGACUCCGAUGAGCGCCGCAGCCAACCGUAUCCCGCAGCUCGCACCCACUUCUCGAUUUCCCGCUACAAAUGAUGCCUCCCCCGCCGACAACUUUGAUGAGAGUUCUUGCUCGCGCAGGGCUACAUUGGCUGAUGUCAAGGAGUGGAUGCAUGCCUCCAUUACAAUCCCCACCGAUAAGAUCGAGUCCGUGGACGCCAACCUCGAAGAAUUCUCCACGGGUUAUUUGAGCCUGCCGCAGGAAGGUCGAAGGGAACUGCUGCUUGUUCUGGCGAGAGAAUACGAUGUGAACCGGUCGAGAGUUCGUGAGCUGAUGGAGCAGUAUCUGAACUCAGGAUUCCCUCGAGACCCGGAGGUUACCGACAAUGAACCUUCAGGAGGUGGCGUCCGAGAUGAGGUAUUUUUGGCUUCCUGUUAUAGGAUGGAGCGGAACAUUCGCAUUGCUCUUAAGCCGAUGUAUGAUGUUUUCUUUGAGAGGCUGAAUGCAUUUACCGGUGGGCUAAAGAUAUUGGCUGCUCUUCGUGCUGACCUGCUAUUAGUGAUUGAGAAAGAGAAUAUGCCAUCAUUGAGAGCAUUAGACUCAUAUUUAAAGGAAAAACUCAUAACCUGGCUGAGCCCUGCAGCUUUGCACCUUCAUCAGAUUACAUGGGAUGAUCCUGCAUCCUUACUGGAGAAAAUUGUAGCAUAUGAGGCUGUGCAUCCCAUUAGAAGCCUGCAAGAUUUGAGAAGGCGGCUGAAUACUAAUCGUCGUUGCUUUGGAUACUUUCAUCCAGCAAUACCAGGCGAGCCGCUUAUUUUUAUUGAAGUGGCUCUUUUAAAGGAAGUUGCCAAGGCCAUUCAGGAGGUCUUGUGGGAUGAUCCUCCGUUUCCUGAGGAUGACGCAACCUGUGCAUUAUUUUACUCUAUAUCAUCAAGUCAACCAGGCUUAUCAGGGAUCAACCUUGGAAAAUUUCUUAUAAAACGUGUAAUUGAGCUAGUUAGGAGGGACAUGCCAAAUAUCCUGGUAUUUGCAACACUUAGCCCAAUCCCAGGAUACAUGCAAUGGCUUCUGUCCAAGUUGGCAUCACAAUUGAAGUUUGCUGAAGUGAAGGCAGAGAAUAAGACUAACUCCUCAGAAAUAGGUUCUAGCUCUACUUUUAAAGAAGACAUUCUUCUUCCGGAAGAAGAAAGGUUGAUAUGCGAUUCUGGAAAGGUUUUCGAUGAUGGGAAAAGCGGCACAAAAAUAUUAUUUAACAUAUUAUCUUCAACUGACAGCGAGUGGAGCAAGUCUGAUUGCCUGUUGAGUGCACUUAAACGUCCGCUAAUGCGUCUCUGUGUCAGGUACCUUAAAGAAAAGAAACGAGGAAAAGCUCUAGAUGCAGUUGCAAAUUUUCACCUACAGAAUGGUGCGAUAAUUGAAAGAAUAAACUGGAUGGCAGAUACAUCAGAGAAAGGCAUUAGACAAAGUGCUGGAAUCAUGGUAAAUUAUGUCUACAGGCUAGAAAAGAUCGAAGAAAAUGCCCAGUCUUAUUUCAGUACUGGCUAUAUCAAUGCAUCAUCUAACGUCUAUCAAUGCUUUCAGGAACAAGUAGAAGAAUAAUAAUGGAUAUUCAUGCUGCAGAAUUCAGCUUAUUAAAGCUAUAAUAUAAUUUUUGCUCCUAUUUUCACAUGCAAUUUAGUUAGAAAUGAAAGGGCAAAACCAAAAAAAUAUGAUGGGCAUCGAAUAUGCCAGCUCUCAUUGGGGUGCUUCUCUAUACUUUCUACUCAUUGGCGCCGAAGAACAUGUAGUGUUAACCUCACAGGUUUGGAACUUUUAAUAUGUAAUUAUUUGCAAUAUGGGGAUAUGUAUAUAUUUGGCUGUAAAAUAUCAUUUUCAUUGAUUCUCAGUAUAUCUAAGCUUAUGCUUCUCAAGAAUCAAAUACAAUCGAAUAGCAGCUCUCUUAAAGCUCCUAUGCUUGAAGCUCACCGAC